AUGGGCUCACAAGAGGGUUUCCCAUUCUUGCUAUGUACAUAUAUCUUAGGAUCUAGAAUAAAUAUGUCUGAACAAGAACAAACCGUUCCGCCCGCUGAGGUUCCUGCUCCUGUUGAGGCCGCUGCCCCUGCUGCUGAGCCUAGUGACCCCGUUGCUGAGCCUGCGCCUGUUGCUGAAGUGGCUGCCCCCGUUGCCGCUCCCGCUCCCGCCCCUGCGAAGCCGAUGGUAGCUAUUCCCGAAGCGGCUCCUAUGCCUACGGAGAAGCCUGAGUUUGAUAUCAAAGUGACGAACCCUACCCGUGUGGCUGAUGGAAUGUCUUCUCAUGUGAAUUAUACUGUAAACACGAACACGACCAACGAGAAGUACAGCUACAGCCAGAGCGUCGUGGUGCGUCGUUACAACGACUUUUUGUGGCUGCAUGAUAUUCUCACCGACGAGUACCCCUACGCGGUGAUUCCUCCGAUGCCCGAGAAGAACACGAUGAACCGUUUCGAGAUCGAGUUCGUGGAGACUCGUCGUGCCUCUCUGCAGUCGUUCCUGCGCGAGAUCGCCGCGGAUCCGCUGCUGAAGGAGAGCAAGCGUCUGCGCACGUUCCUGACGGCGGACGACGAGAAGUUCGCUGAGGAGAAGGCGGAGACGAAGUCGUCUCUGAAGGAUAGUUUGAAGGGCAACCCGAUGGAGGCGGGUAUGAAGCUGCUGAAGCUGAUGGGCAACGGCCUGAACAAGGUGGGCACGCAGGUGCAGAAGAGCGUGCAGCAGCAGAUGGGCGGCGAGGCGCCGAUGAGCAAGGAGGACGAGAAGCUGGCGAAGUACGUGCAGUACAUCAACGAUCUGUCGGAGCAAGUGAACGCUCUGGCGACGCGCGCUUCGGAGUUCGUGGAGCACCAGAGCGAUUUCACGGCGAACCUGAUCGACCUGGGUCUGGCCAUGAAUCUGAUGGGCCAGCUGCAGCAGGACGUCGUGGGCGAUGCGAUGCGCAGUCUGAACGACGCCAUCAGCGUCAUCCAGCAGAUCUGGACGGAGAAGGGUCUGCGCGAGGACCGCGCCUUCGUGCAGCCCAUGAAGCGCCUGGUGCUGCUGCUGAACGAGGUCAAGAUGACCGUGGGUCGCCGCACGCUGAUCCUCUCCAACUACCAGAGCGCCUGCCAGAGCCUGAAGAAGGCCAAGGCCACGUACAAGAAGCUGGCGUCGACGCCCGGAAAGAGCUCGAAGCUGCCCGGCGCCGAGGAGGAGAUCGAGCGCUACAAGAAGCGCGCUGGCAAGCUGAAGAAGAAGCUGCACACGGUGACGGAGAAGAUCAACGGCGUGCUGGACGACUUCCGCGACCGCAAGAUGGCGCUGAUCCGCAACAUGGUGCUGGAUCUGCUGCUGAUCCAGAUGCAGUACCACAAGCAGGUGGCCAACGUGUGGAGAAACUAUCUCCCCGAGCUGCAGAAGAUCAACCUGGAGGACGCGGUCAAGUCCGCGGAGGAGUUCGGUCUGGCGAGCGUCGACGAGAACCGUCCUCGCAAUGCUGUGGCUGACUCGGACGAUGACGAUGACGAUGACGACGACGAGGACGAUGAGAGCAAGGAGAGCGGAAGCGAUAGCGAUAGCGAUAGCGACGAGAAGCCCAAGAAGAAGGCGAAGAAGCCGGCGAAGAAGAGCAAGAAGGAUUCUAGCGAGAGUGAGAGCGAGAGUGAUUCCGAUGAUGAUGAUUCCGAUGAUGAUGACUCUGAUGAUUCGGAUGACUCCGAUGAUUCUGAUGAUUCCGAUUCCGAUGAUGAUGACUCCGAUUCGGACGAAAAGCCCAAGAAGAAGGCAAAGAAAUCGGCCAAGGGAAAGAAGGCGUCCAAGAAGAGUAAGAAGGACUCGAGUGAUGACUCGGACUCUGACUAAAAGCUUGAUUUUGUAUGGUAAUUGCGUUC